AUGACUGGUGUUGGCCUAUUUUUCUUUUCUGUCGAUUUCAUACUUGUAGACUCAGUUGCAGGCCUUUUUUUUCUGCGCAGGGCACUGAACUCGCGCACAACAAUUAAAACACUGAACUCAGCACUUCAACUAUUGCAUACACUAGUUCAACUACUGUCACGCUUGCAAAGCCACUCUCAGUCUUCAUCGGAGUCGAUCACGCAUGCGCAGUCUUUGUCCUCUAAACAGCUGUUGCUGCCAAUCAGAGCGCUGUGCUCGGCCGCCAACAUGCUACCACGCGCCGACCAGAUAGCACUCACAGCUGUCAUGAAGAACGCAAAGCUGCCGCCUCACAUCAAGACAUCGCUGCCCGGUGAAAAGGAAACGGCCAGCAAGGAGUUGAAGCCAAGAACCCGAUGCGAGUUGUCGGCUCUUAUUAUGGAGCAACUGACCUCUCCCUUGCACGACUUCCCCGCUCAGCGGCCGCUCGUCCCCGAAUCCAUGGAGACGAAACCACCCGAACCAUCAACCGUCGACUCUCAAGAUAUCGAAAACAUCUUCAUCCAGAAGAAUAUCGCUAGUUUGAAUGCACUUCACGCUGGAGACAUCAUCAUUGACUUGUGUUUGAACCUCCCUCACCUCAACAGAUACCUACAAAAAUACACGACAGCAGUGUCACGAGAGACAUUCAGCCUCCCUUCUACACACUCCGAAGCAGUACUUGUGAGACACAACCUUCAACCGUUAGUGAGCGACAUUAGUAUGGUAUGGAGUGCCAUGUCUCUCCCGGUUCUCGAACCUUUAACCAAGUCCCGUCUCGAAAAACUCAACACCCUCACUAUGUCUUGUCUGUAUGCAGCAUUGUCCACCGCAACUGCGUUCAGUAUUCUUGGAGUUUCAUCCGCAGCUCCUCCAAAGACUGGCACCAAUGUCAACAACUUGGCAACUGGCAAUGCAGCCGGCGCGAAGCCCAGUUCUGAGGAGGAAGGGAGCGCAGAAGGGCUAGCGAUCAGUGUUGUAGAGAAAGCUCUCGAUGUUUUCAAUUUGGUGUCGAAUGUUAUCAAGAACUCGACCAGAGCUGGUGGUCAGAUUCUCCAAAAUCACCUGGCCAUUGGAGUGUGGCUGCUUGUCUCAGGACUGCAACUGCAGCUCACUCAGUCCAGUGUCAUACCAGCUGACAAAACAAUCAAAGAAGAUAAACCUGGAAAAUCUCCCAGCAAAUCACGCGAAGGUUCGUCCAGGAUCAACUUGAUGAAAGUUCAACAGGGAUUUGGAGUUUUGUCAGUUGCCUUGGCCCAACGAGCACUGACCAUGAUGUCCAGCCUCCUCGAUGAUCUGCAUCUGGAGAGCUCACAAAUGUCCAAUAAAGUUGAACCAUCUCCGUUGACUAUUAUGACACAAGCUACUGCCUUGCAGCGGGCUGCUCGUGUCUUGAAUACAACUCCCUUGAAUCAGUUUCUCUUCUACUUGGCCACAAUUAGCUACAGAAAGGCGUGCACUUUGAAAAGAAUACAAAAACAUCCACCAGAGGGUGACACUUUCAGCACUUCCGAGUCAACAACUUACUACGAUGAUGAUAUUAUCAGCUGCUCAGAUGAAAGCACUGCCGAUGAAGAUGAUGACAGCGAACCUCUUCUCAAUCUUUGGUUCGAAGAGGCGGUGUCAGUGCCUGAUUGUUCUGGCUCUGGCCUUGUAAAUCAAUCUGGCUCAGAAAAUCAAGACCCCUCUACUAAGGCGUCAUCAAAUAAUGAUAAUGCCAGCUCUGUUGUUCCAGAGAAAGGUGAGCCCAACGGCUACAUAUCUCUUGCCACCAGAAUAUUCCAGUUCAUGAAUAAGUACUUGGUUAGUAGUGAGAGUCCGUAUAUGAGAAACUACGUUGAAUCGGGUCUAGCUGAACAACAGAUGAUUAUUCUGGCAGCAAUCAUCCGAGACUUAGACAGAGAAUCGGCCCGCACUGAAACUGGAACUAUAUCUGUGUACUUUGGGGCGCAACUUGGUGUUUUGUACAGCGAGUUUUCUCAAGCAUUAACUCGCUACACUCAUAACCUACUGGCGCAUAACCUCCUCUCAGAGACACUGAAGACAUCUCUACUUGUUCAUAUGGGAGUUAGUCCGGCUGCAAGUACUCCGGAAAAUAACUGGUGGCCAUUGCAGGUCUACCCUCGUACUCUAGCUGUGCUCGCUCAAGUUUUACUUCUAAAACCUCAGCCUGAAAAAGAAACUGCAUGUAUCAAUAUCUGGAAUCGUCUCAUAAAUACUCUGGUUCAAAAUGUGUGCUGCAGCACACCUCCAGUAGCAGACACUACUGAAAAUGAUGACCUCAAUGUUGAGCAUGCACAACUGCUGCUCUUUCUUUUCCAUUCAUUAAGUCUCAUGCAAAGAAAAUCUGUACUAUUGGUUUGUGCAGCGGGGAUUAUCCGAAUUGGAGAAACUUCCCUGCAUGGUUUGUUGAGAGAAACACAAAUAUUGUGUUUGAGUAGACUCCUUCUUCUCAUGGAUUACAUUAUGAAAUACCUGUAUGAUGCACCGCUCGCAUUUGUUAGGCUUGUGCAAUGGAAUCUUUUCAGUGCCACAAGCAUGGUUACAGAUCCUAACGAAGGAAGGAUUGAGUCCAGAGUGUUCUAUCCAUGGAAGGAUAUUGAAGAUAAUUACAGAAAAUUGGGCCCACAGGAUGAAUUCUCAAUGAAACCACGAUUCUAUAAUCUAGUUCACUCUGAACUGAAUAAUCAAGAUCAACCGAAAUUGGAUGGCCUAGCAUUGAAUUUCAUUCUUGGUUCACCUGAAAAAGUAAAAUAUCCCCUGUUGAUGGAUGCAUUAGUUGAAAUAUUGAGUGUCACCGAUCAGUCCAGUCCUUACAUCAAAUCAGAGUGUCAGUCCAGCUUUACUUUGCUGUGUGCUGCUCAGUACUGCUUCACUAUUUGCUGGAAACUUCUGCUACAGUUGCCUCCGUCAACCCCCCAUCUAGACAAGCUAGCAUUGGCUAGCACCGACUCGGUAACCACUCCACCAUCUACAUUGCUGCUCCACUCUAUGGUGUGGGGUCCUCGUGCGGGUCACAAGACGUUUCAAACCUGGAUUAAGGAAUCUCUGGUGAAACAGGGAAUGUACACACAGUAUGCCGAAAACAUGCUCAAGUCAGUCACUGAAAAAGUGAACAAUUUGAAGCAUGAUGUGACAGUUGCAAAGAACACCAUCACUGCAUUGAUGCCGCAAGUGGAAGCUGACAGUUUGAUGGUGCCCAGGCGAAAACUGCCCACACUGAUGGAACUCUGUCUGUUGGAUGCUGUCGUUGCCAAGGUGUCCCCAUGGAAUAUGAUGUCUGAAGAAUCGUCCACUUUCCAGACACCUGACAACUCUCCAGAUUUGAACAAGACUAUAACCCUUGUGGAGACUGGGUCACAGAAUGAGCUUGUUUUGGAGCUGCUGCCACACAUUCUGAAGCUCACUGAAGUUAUUCUUACAUGCAGUCGAUCAAGUUUGAUGUAUCAAAUUAAUGAAAGUGCUGGAGGCAGUUUAUCAAUAUCAGAUUUCUACGCAUUUCGCAGCGUUUUAGCCAUUUGCUCCACUCAGGCCACGAAAAUUCAUUCACUUUCAACCGCACUCAAUAGCUUGAUGCCAACAACUAUCCGCUCUGUUCUGGAGAAGUGGAACAUCAACUCCUCUACUGAAUUCCCUUGGAAUACCUAUGCGAAUGAUAUCAUCCCCAGUGAAAGCUAUCUACUAGCCAUUGUGAAUGCGCAUAUAUCAAGCCUUUCAAGCCAGAGUUCAUUCACUAUUAACCCUUCUUUGAAUCACCUGCUUCAAUCCUUGGUGACAUUCAUCAGUGAGCAUAUCAUGAAAUGCGAGACACUCAAAGAGCAAGCUGUGCAGGUACUUGCUCCCUUGACAUUAGAUGCUUGUACAGAAUACCUCUACGAGACAUCAAUGCGUACAUUGGAAAAGAUUCUCGGUGACCCUGAGUCAGACGAAUACCAGGAAAGAAUCUUUAGAAUCGUUCUCAAACAAAUCUAUACCCUCGUCGUUUACUACACGGAUGCAACUAACACAACUCAAUUCAGCGAAUCUGUGAAUGAGAAACUCUUACAAGAAUGUUUAGUAUGGAUGGAGGGACUGGUCGAGAAGCCAGUUGGUAGGAAAGCUCUUGAUCAUUUCUUUAAUCAGUCGAACGUUCAAAAUCAAGAUCUACUGCAAAUAUUGUUAUCAAUUGCAAGCCCGAGGACAUAUUUUUCGAUUCCUUAUGGCAUCAAAGUGUUGCAGUUUUUUAAUAAGCUGUUUAGUACAGCUGAAAAGAAUCCUGGAGAAGAAUGUCUUGAGAGACUGUGUAGCUCGGUUUUGCGUCUACCGUCAGUGGAACCAGCUAAACUUUCGAAAUGGCUGUACCACGUUAUUCUGAGCAAAGACUCAGCUCCACCGAUUGAAGCUUCAAGCACUUCAGCUGCUGCACCUGUCAGUACACCUGUUGCUGCUACAACCACCACCACCACCACCACCACCAACACCACCACCUCUACUACCACUGCAGCUGCUGUAGUGACAUCUAAUGGCUCGGCAACAUCUGCAAGUACAGCUGUUGUUGCCCCACCUGAAGACAAGACUGCCGACAAGACAGCCUCCAAUGAAAACACCAACCUGACCAAGAAGACAUUGCACCAGGAAAACAAUCAGCUUCUACAGUUCUUAACAUCGUACAUUGUGAAAGACAACAGUGACAACCAUGCCAAAGAAGCGGUAGCUAUUACGUUGUUGGAAGCUUUGAUUCCAAUGGGAUCCCAGUUGUUGUCAGUGUUUGAAGGCGCUGGAUUUCCUGAAUUGAUGGUUGUCAUGGCAACAUUGGCCGAUGCCGGUUCAGGAAAAGGACACUUGAACCUGUUUACAGCUGCCACCAAGUGGCUAGACAUUUGUAAAGAGUAUCUGUGCAGGAAAGAAGUGGUUGAUAAGCUGGAGUCGGGUCAUGGAGGGCCUAAUUUGAUGGUGGAUUCAACGAGCUACCUGGUGAACUAUGUGGGCGACAUAGUGUCGGCUCUGUGUCCGUCCGCUAGCUACGGAGGUCGCGCGGCCUCCCCGCCCUGGGACGGAGAGACCCUGCCCCUGCCAGACCCCGACACCGACUGGAUUGACGACCUAGGACAUGAGGACGACGACGAGAGCGGAGGCGACGACUCUGACGAAGACAGUCUGUGCAACAAGCUGUGCACAUUCACCAUAACUCAAAAGGAGUUCAUGAACCAGCAUUGGUAUCACUGUCACACUUGCAAAAUGGUCGACGGUGUCGGUGUUUGCACGGUAUGUGCCAGAGUGUGUCACAAAGGUCAUGACGUCACUUACGCUAAGUAUGGAAACUUUUUCUGUGACUGCGGAGCUAAAGAGAAUGGCGCCUGUCAAGCCUUAGUUAAACGAAGUCCGCAAACUGGAAACCUUGGUGAUCUACAAAACAAUCAGGGAUCAUCAAAUCAAGCUAUGGCGUGUAGUUCGAACACAGAGCUGACGUCUUCUCUGAGACGAAGGGCCUCGUCCCCCGUUGCUAUCGACAAGAACUCCGAAACUAGAAGUCUACCCCGUGAUCGUCACAAGCAGGCUGUCCUAGCUAAACAGUUGGAAAGUUUGAAUGAGGUAAUAACAAACAUUGUAUGGAAGGAUGGACAGGUAGUUGUCAAACUACUAGAAGUUCUGCAAUCUCUCAUCCCAGCAGUUGAAGCUUCCUGUCUCCGCCAAUCACCUGUAGGAUGUCAUCAGCGUGCUAAGGCCUUACUAGACGUACUGCACACUCAGGACAAGAAGUGUGAAAUGACAGACCAACUUAUGGUUGCUACUCUCGGCUCUCAAGAAGGAGCAUUCGAAAACGUUCGUAUGAACUACUCUGGCGAUCAAGGACAGACAAUUCGUCAGUUACUGUCAGCACACAUGAUACGUAGAGUUGCAAUGUGCUGUCUAUCAUCUCCUUACGGAAAACGUCAACAUCUAGCAGUUUCUCAUGAGAAAGGAAAAAUCACAGUUCUUCAGCUGUCGUCGCUGUUGAAACAAGUUGACUCCUCUAAACGCAAAUUAACACUGACUCGUCUCGCUUCAGCUCCAAUUCCGUUCACAGUGCUCUCACUCACUGGUAAUCCGUGCAAUGAAGACUUCCUAGCUGUUUGUGGCUUGAAAGAAUGCCACGUGUUGACUUUCAACUCGAGCGGAACGGUAUCCGACCAUCUAGUCCUACAUCCACAAUUAGAGACCGGUAACUUCAUUAUUCGAGCAAUUUGGUUGCCAGGAGCACAAACUCAACUCGCUCUAAUUACUGCGGAUUUUGUCAAGAUAUACGACCUGGCAAUUGAUGUUCUUUCUCCUCAGUACUACUUCCUUGUACCUACUGGGAAAAUUCGUGACGUCACAUUUAUCUGUACACAGGAUGGAAAAAGUACGAUGCUACUGAUGUCAUCGACUGGCUACAUCUACAGUCAAGAGAUGGACGAUGACAGCUCAGCCAAACAUGGACCGUUCUAUGUGACAAACACAAUCGACAUUAGUCACUCUGAGAUUAAAGAAGUGAACGGACAAUUUUGUGGCGGUGGAGUAUCAGUAUACUAUUCUCAUAUCCUGAAGCUGUUGUUUUUCAGCUACACUCACGGUAAGAGUUUUGUCGCGCCAGUUACAAACUUGGACAGCAAGUUGUCGCCGAUUUUUCAGAUUAACAUCAACAAAAGCGGAGGGGGUAGUGGAAGCAGCAGUAACUCAAACUGCAGCAGCGGAAGUAGCGGAAGUGGCAACAAAGCUAGCAAUUCAGCCGCCAACCAUCCCCAGCCGCUGUGUCAAUGGAGUGAAGUGUCCAAUCAUCCAGGAUUGAUUUGUAGCGUCAUGCAAAGCAGCAACAACCCUGUCAUACUCAUGAUCAAACCAGACUGCAUCAUGAUUCAAGAAAUGAAAGCUGUAUCAGUGAAGGCGAAAAUAAUGGAUAUGGUUGCAAUAAGACACCCUUCUUCCAGCUCCGAUCAUCGUACCACAUUGAUAUUGUUGUGUGAGGAUGGAAGUCUCAGAGUUUUCAACGCAUCCAUGGAACAAACAGGCUUCUGGCUGUCAUCCAGUGUACAAGCAACAAGUCUCAUGCCUUCCGCUAAACCAUCCAAGAAGAAGAAGGCAGCAAAGAGUGGAAAACCGUCUGGACAAGUCUCCUUCCCGGUUGACUUCUUCGAACACAGCAUACUACUCAAUGACUUGGAGUUUGGUGGGAACGACUUAUUACAAAUUUACAACCCACAACAGAUCAAACAUAGACUGAACACUACAGGAAUGUAUAUUGUAUCUACCAGGGUGACUGGCGCUUCAAUGGAGAUCACAAACAACGAUUCAGCCCACGUCAUUACUGGAAUUAGGGUGCUGCUCGGUAAUCAAGACGUGCUCAGAGUGCCGUCAUUCAUUGAAGUAUUCGAUAGGGUCAUUCAAACAACCUUGUCGAGGAAUCGGUGGUUUGAUGUGCCUCUGACCAGGGAGGAGAGUCUGCAGGCUGAUAAGAAGUUGAAUGUGCUUUUCGGCCCCUCUCAGGAUCCCGAAUCAGUGAUGAUGAUUGACUCGAUUAAGGUGUAUGGCAAGUCGAAGGACGCGUUUGGCUGGCCUGAGGAGAGCGAGGAGGCUGGAAACAGUUCCUCGGUGGCCACUCAGGCAACUGUCGGCUCCUCAUCCAAUUCCAACUCGUUGGCGGCUGAGAACGACGGCUCGUCCUCACUCCUGCCUCGAAUCACCUCGCUUGACAAGAUGGUUUGCGGCAUUCUGGAAGUGCUUGACAACUGUUUCUCGGCAUCUCACGUCUCAGCCUCUCUCAACUCGGAAGUACAGUACUCGUCGGCCAUGUCGCUGGCCACCACUCUGCUCACACUUCCCACCCCGGUUCCCCUGCAAAUGCACACCAAGUCACUACUCGCCGCUCUCCUACAUCCGUCAAGUCAUGCCUAUCACAAUUUUAAGGAUCUGUCGAUUUUGAGCUACGUGAUGAGCACAUUGGGAACAUUGAGGAAUGUGGCAGAUCCAUGCGAUAUCGAUGCUGAAUCAUUCUAUCGACUUGUGCUAAUGACUCGACAAAUUGCCGUCACAAGACCCUACAGUCUUGCUAAAAUAUCAUCCGAUUUGAACACAGGUGCUGAGAGCUACCAACAUUUUGUUCAUCAACUAACCGAAAUCUUAUGGAGACUUCACCAAUGCCGACCACCAAACAUCGCUCUAGCCUCCGUCUGUGUUCCUGGCUUGACACACGUGGAAGCAAUAGUGCACUCGAUGGUGGAGAUAGUGCACGCAUUCACGCUGGUGGACCAAUCGGAGACGUGCAUAGCGAUGGCGUCGAAGCUCUACCUGGACCUGUUGCUGUGUGAGGACACGGCUGUUAGCUUCAGCGCCAAGCAGGCGUUUGUCAGGGUGCUGAGGCCGCGAUCUCGAAGGCGACGCGUCUUCAUACCCAGUCCUCCCCAUUGCACCACGCCUGGAGAAAUAGAAAGAGAACGCGAAGGACCAGUUUCUCAGCCAUCUCAAGACUCAUCGGAAGCGGAGGCAGUCCAAAUGGAGGAAGCUGUCGAACCAAUGGCUAUCCUAGCACCCGAUGCUGUGAACGCAGGUGGUCUGGCAAGUGCAGUGUUCGUUGACGUUGGAGCCCUGCUGGGAGCCGGGGGUCUGUUGGACAUUCCUCCCGAUGCGGACGACGAGACAAUGGUGGAGCUGGCAAUAGCGCUCAGUCUGCAAGACCACGAGGGAGCCGCCAACCUACAAGGACUGGUCAAUCUGGCCGGUCCAGCAUUGCAGGGAUUGGCUCAGGUUGCCCAAUCGCAGAACCAAGAGGCUGGUCACUUCUCGGAUACGACCGCCUCGGCUGGUGGCUCGGACGACGAGGGCUCCACAGCCGCCACAGAUGGGAGCACCCUUCGCACUUCGCCCGCCGAACAGGGUGGGUCAGAGAGUGGGGGUAGUGGUGUGGACAGCAUCACAGGGGAUCACAACGUGUCAGGCCGAAGCUCGGCUUACGGCGACAAUAUUCAGGAGGCACUGGCUCUGACGACACCGGGCAUGCGCAGUGACACCUGCUCUCUCUCUCUUGUGCCGGUUGGCUUUCAAAGUCAAGAGGCGGAUGGAGUUGAGGCGGAAGCGGAAGUUGAAGUUGAAAGUGAGGCCGGCAACCGACUGCAUAUGCUACGCCUGGUCAUGCUCGAGAAACUGGUCGAACACAUGAAGUGUCUCCGUGAAGUUGGUGGCAUUCGUUCCAUACCUUUCAUGCAGGCAGUUCUAAUGCUGAGCUCGGAUCUGGAUGGUGAAGAGGAGCGAGACAGAGUGUGCCUUGAGAGGUUGCUAGCAGCUGUUAUCAAGGAGUUGAACAUGCAGCAGCCAGAUACGGCCAACAUUUGCCAGCGAAAUCCGCAGCGUGAAGUGCAUCUCGUUAUCAUGAGACUUCUAAGUGUUUUGAUGUCACGUGCCAAGAGCAGUUCGAAAGGACAGACGCCAAUGGAUAAUGUGAGCUUUGUUUCACAAAUGACAGCCACUUUGCUCAUGCAAGCUAAGAUGAUCGACUACUGUCUCAUUCUGCUCAAAGAACUGCUUGAAUAUUGGAAGAAUUGCAGCCUUGAAGAGAACGCCAACGCCAUUGGUGGAUCUCUAUUGAAGCCUCAGUCAUCGUCGCUGCCACCAGACAUGUCUCCGUUCUUCCUGCGCCAGUAUGUGAAAGGCCACACCAACGAUGUAUUCGAAGUGUACCCGCAGUUCCUCACUGAGAUGGCGCUCAGGCUGCCCUACCAAGUGCAGAAGCAUGCUACCAUUCCCAUCACUUUUGAACAGACGUGGUUCUACAUUUUAUGCGAAUACAUGAUGACUCAACAAACUCCGUUCGUACGCAGACAAGUGAGGAAACUACUUUUGUUCAUCUGUGGAGACAAGGACAAAUACAGGCAAUUGAGAGAUCUGCACUCACUGACAUCUCAUAUGAAGGCGGUGCGAGAAUGCUGCAACGGAGGUGCGGCCAACUUGUCGUACGACGCACUGGUCGAGCUGAUGGAGCACCUGAAGGCGUGCCUGGAGGUGACCUCGACAGGCGGCGGUCGCACCGCCAACUGGCAGACAUUCUGUCUGGAGCACGACCAAACGGUGCUUGCCUUCCUCAUGUCGGUCAGUUGUCAGCUAGAGGAAGUUGUUGCUGCCCAGACAAUACUGCAGCUGCUGCAGUCGGCCAUAUGUCCCGCUCAGGAAGUGAAGAAAUCUGAUAGUAAGAGCAGCAGCUCAAGUGGUAACACAGCGAGCAAAGAGAGCAAAGACAGCAAAGGAGAGAAAGAACUGGAAGAGGCGAACUGCAAGGCGCUUGUUCGCCAGCUGAACGAAACUGUCAACUGCGAACUGCUCACUCGUUUCGUGCGAACCUUUCUGCUCGACACAAAUGCUACUAACAUUCGCUGGCAGGCGCAUGGGCUCGUCCUGGCUAUAUACAAGAACUCAGACACAACUCAACAAGGAGCUCUGUUGGAUAUGCUGUGGAGCCUCUGGUCACGACUACCAACCUACGGGCGAAAGGCUGCUCAGUUUGUAGACCUGCUCGGAUAUUUCUCUAUCAAGUACACUGAUGCAUCGUCAAAGAUGGCAGAAUACAUAGAACAGGCAGUGGGAGUUCUGCACACCCAAAACCAGCUGCUGGCGCAUCACCCGAAUGCCAACCUCUAUGCAAACCUUGCUCAAUUCGUCGAGCUGGAUGGCUUCUACCUGGAGAGUGAGCCUUGCUUGGUCUGCAACAACCCUGAAGUACCCUACUCCAGUGUCAAACUGUCUAGUAUCAAGAUCGAUUCGAAGUUCACAACGACCACUCAGAUAGUGAAGCUGGUGGGCAGUCACAUGAUCAGUCGCAUCACACUGCGCAUCGGUGACCUGAAGCGGGCCAAAAUGGUGCGCACCAUCAACAUCUACUACAACAACAGAACUGUGCAGGCUGUCAUCGAACUCAAGAACAAACCAGCGAUGUGGCACAAGGCAAAACGCGUGAACCUGGUGCAAUGUCAGGGCGAGGUGAAGAUGGACUUUCCGCUGCCGAUCGUCGCCUGCAACCUGAUGAUCGAGUACGCCGACUUCUACGAGAACUUGCAGGCCUCCACCGAGAGCCUGCAGUGUCCGCGUUGCAGCGCCUCUGUGCCAGCCAACCCCGGCGUCUGCAACAACUGCGGCGAAAACGUAUUCCAGUGUCACAAGUGCAGAGCUAUAAACUACGACGAGAAGGACCCGUUCCUGUGUCACUCGUGCGGCUUCUGCAAGUACGCCAAGUUCGACUACACACUUACUGCGCGCACAUGCUGCGCAGUUGACCCGAUUGAGAACGACGACGACCGCAAGAAGACAAUUGCCGCCAUCAACGCGCACCUCGAGAAGGCCGAUCGGGUCUACAAACAGCUCAUCGGCUUCAAACCGCUGCUAGAGGUGCUUCUGGUGAAGAUCAGUGAACACCGUGUGGACAGGACGAGCGACGAGGUGGCUGGAGGAGGUGGCUCAAGUGGCAACAACUCGGGUGCAACCGGUGCAGCCGUCACUCAGGUCAACAAGGCCAUUCAGCUGCUCGCCCAACGCUACUGUGCCGAUUGCCGCAGCUCCUUCGAGGAACUCAGUCGUAUCAUACAGAAAGUGCUGGCCUGUCGCCGCGAACUGGUCGCCUAUGACCGGCUGCAGGUGGAGGCGGGCGGGGGCACUUGGACAGGGGGAGCCGUCGGUGGGGCCAGGAGCACGCCCCCAGUGGCAGGGGGCCACUGCUACGGGUGCGCGUCGUCCGCCACCGAGCACUGUCUCACACUGUUGCGCGCACUCGCGCACUCGGUCACGUCGCGUGUCUCGCUCUGCGGCCAGGGAAUCGUGCAGGAACUGGUCGAGAACAAUCUGCGAAGGGGAACUGUGCAGGUACAAGAUGAAGUGAGACAACUUCUGUGCCUGUUAACACGUGACAACUCAAAGGCGACCGAGUCCCUUUGCGCGCUGCUGAUGGAGCGCAUUUCGCUGACACUGCGCGGUCACGUGGCCAGUUGCGACCUCUCAUUCGCCGUGCGGCCCGAGAUGGCUCUGCUUGCCGCGCUCGUUCAGAAGGAGGACUCCUGUUGGGAGCAGAAGUUGAAAUGCGUCAUGAAUUUAUUCCUUAUCGCAUCCAAGGACUUCAAAUCGCCAGUAGUUAUGGAUUCCAUCACUUUACCCUGCCUGAAAAUUUUGCAAAGCUUGAUCAAGCCUGAUCAGCCAGGAUCUAAGAAGAAUAAGGAUAAAACUUUGGACGCGCUGGCGACGAUUCGGCCGACAGAAGGCGUGAGCGUGGACGUGCGUAAGUGGUUGGCGGGUGACUUGGCGCACUCUUAUGCCGCCUGGCGCCACAGAAUGCCCGCCAAGCCAGCUGACGAGCCGGCUAAGGCUCAGCCCGAGAACAAGCCUACCAAGGAGGAAGUGCGCGCGAAAUACCUGAUGGAGAAGUACGGGCAGCGGUGGCGCGAACGCAGCACACUUCAGAACACCCUGGUGCCACUGCGUCUAGUCGACUCGGCCUGGCUCAAACAGGUGCUCUUCAAUCCGAGCUCACGACUCGCGCGACAAGUCGCCUGCAACAUGCUCGAGAGUCUCUGCCAAGUGCCUGCGCGCAAACGCGAGAUGCUGGAUCUGCUGACCGGAUUCCUGGGCGAGCUGGGGAAAGCUGGCGAGAGUGCGGCCGAGUUUCUGUCGCUCUACCAGAACCUGGUGCAGCAGUCGCCCUGGAAGCAGUACUUGGCAUUGCGCGGUGUGCUCCCCCACUUGGCCGACCUGCUCACUCGCGAGAUACAGGCAUUGCAUGUGUUGGAAGAGACAUCGCUAACUUCUGAUUUGGUCCAAGGCUAUGCAUUGAAGAUGCUGACUGAGCUGAUGGCUUCAUUCCUGGAGCAGGAGAGCAUCAAGCAACAGUACAAGGGCAGACUGGUGGGUGCAGUGCUCAAUGGAUAUCUGUCCUUGCGACGUCUGGUCGUCCAGCGCACCCGACUCAUCGAUGAGACGCAGGAGAAACUGCUCGAGCUGCUCGAAGAAAUGACUUCAGGUACUGAAGCUGAAACCAAAGAAUUCAUGGCAAUUUGCAUUGAGACUGUGGAGAAAUGUAGUCCUGAUGAUGUUAGAACUCCUGUAUUUGUAUUCGAACGUUUGUGCUCCAUUAUCUAUCCGGAGGACAAUGAUGUCGGAGAGUUCUAUCUUUCUCUGGAGAAAGAUUCUCAACAAGAAGACUUCUUACAAGGUCGUAUGUUGGGCAACCCGUACAGCUGCAAUGAGCCUGGUCUCGGUCCGAAGAUGCGCGAUGUGAAGAACAAAAUCUGUCAGGACUGUGAACUGGUCGCUUUGCUGGAAGACGACAAUGGCAUGGAACUCCUUGUCAACAACAAAAUUAUAUCUCUCGAUCUGCCUGUCAAAGAGGUGUACAAGAAGAUUUGGGUGCAGGAAGGGGGCGAAGGGGAUGCCAUGAGAGUAGUUUACAGAAUGCGAGGUCUGCUGGGUGAUGCAACUGAAGAAUUUGUCGAGACUUUACAUGCCAAGUCUGAACAGAAAGUGAACAACGAGGAGGUUUACAAAAUGGCUAACGUUAUGGCUGAAUGCGGUGGCUUACAGAUAAUGCUGGAUCGUCUGCAGAGGAUGCGCGAAAUAGUGCGCUCUCGACCACUGCUGCAGGUCAUCCUGAAGCUGCUGUGCCUGUGCGUGAAGGUGCAACGCAACCUGGAAGUGUUGGUGCGACCCGAGAUGAAGACUGUCUCCACCCUGCUCAACACACUGCAGCUCUGUCUGCAGGCCGACAACAGCUCUCAUCUCACUGAGCCACUGCUGGAUGUGAUGGAAACUGUUCUCUCGAAAGCGGCCAGCCAGACUCCGGAAGAGUUUGCUAGUUUCUCGGCGACAUUGGGCGGCGCCGAACAUGUGCGCUCUCUGCUGGAGCUGACCGCAGCCAAGCUGCAUCCGCCCACUCUGCUGCACCACCUCACCAAGGUGCUGGCUGCUCUCACCUAUGCCAGUCCACCCAAGAUGGCCGUGCUGGUCGACCACUUUCAGCCGCUCGACUUCCACACAUUCGAUCGCGAGCACUCGCCCGACCACGAACACAAGCUGGAAUUAUUCUGUAACCUGGCUAUUGGAAUAGACAGGACUGCACUUGGAAAUACUCUGAAAGACUACAUCAUGACCCUGGGUCUAGUUGAUCAAGCUCUUGAAUAUAUUCGACAACAUGCACCACCUGUGAAACAGAGCCUGCUGCGAACAGACAGUGACGACUGGAAAGAGUUCAUCGCAAAGCCGUCUCUGAAAUACAUUCUGCGCCUCUUGACCGGCUUAGCCACUCAACACGAGCCUACUCAGAAAGCAGUGGGCGCCGACAGCGUGGCAAUGAUCCUGCACCGACUGGAACAGGUGUCUUCCGACUCACACGUGGGCUCGCUGGCCGAGAACCUGCUGGAGGCGAUGUGUGUGGACAACCCGGGCGUCGCUGCGCGCAUCGAACAAGUGCGUCAGGAGACGCGCGCCGAAAAGAAGCGGCUCGCUAUGGCUAUGCGCCACAAACAGCUGGGCGCGCUCGGUAUGCGCACUAACGACAAGGGACAGGUGACAGCGGAGAGCACAAUGAUGCAGCAGCAGAUGGAGGAGCUGGGCGAAGAGACGGGCCUGGUGUGUGUGAUCUGUCGCGAAGGCUACAAGUUCCAGCCGACCAAGGUGCUCGGCAUCUACACGUUCACCAAGCGCUGCAACGUUGACGACUGCGAGCCCAAGCCGCGCAAGACCAUUGGCUACAGCACGGUCACGCAUUUCAAUGUCGUGCACAUUGACUGUCAUAUGUCCGCUGUCAGGCUUGCCAGGGCUAGGGAUGAAUGGGAAUCGGCCGCCCUGCAGAAUGCCAACACGAAAUGCAACGGAUUGCUGCCACUGUGGGGGCCUCAAGUGCCCGAGUCUGCCUUCGCAUCGUGCCUUGCCCGACACAACACCUAUCUUCAAGAAUGCACUGGUCACAGGGAUAUCAGCUACGCUUCGACUGUUCAUGAUUUGAAAUUACUGCUGCUGAGAUUUUCUCAUGAGAAGAGCUUCCAUGACGACACAGGCGGUGGUGGUCCACAGUCCAACAUGCACAUCAUUCCCUACCUGCUUCACAUGGCUCUCUAUGUUAUCAACUCGACGAGAUGCGGUGCACGCGAAGAGAAGAACCUGUGCAGUUUCCUGGAGGUGACUGCGCCAGAAAAGUGGGUGGAAUCGUGCUUUGACGCAGAGGGGCCACUCUACUUCGCCACACUGUCGUUGCUGCUGCAUGCACCCACGCGCUGGGCGCGCACGCGCAUCUCUCAUCUGCGCCGGCUCAUUGUGCUCGCGCAUGCGCGUCACCUGCAACCGGCGCCUGCGCAGGGCAAGGUCACCGACCUCGCCGUCAAGGACUAUGCCGUCUACAAGAGCAGUCUCGUCUUCUUCGCCAUGAUUGACGCCAUCUAUCGGUACCAUUUCAAGAAAGUGCCGGUGGCGUCAGAAGAUCAAUGGACCACUGCUCUGGCUGAUUAUAUAAGACACAAUGAUGAAGCACUGAUGAAGGCUUCUGAAAAGCUCAUGUCUUUCUACUCCAACGAGCUCCUACCGAGCACUUCGUUUGAAGAAUUCUGUGAUGUCGUUGAACUGUUCGAUGAAAUUCCUAGUCCUUCCACCUUCAUAUCGGAAGUUUUGAAUUUGAUUGCUUGAACUAAAUUCUAAAUCCCACUCUAGAUGUAUUAUUAAAACACGAUGUGUGUAGAAUUUAUGCUGAAAUUAUGUUUUGCUCUUGUAUCCUAACUUGAUUUAUGGAUUUGAUAAAAUAUUCAAUCUAAUUGCCUUUCAAGAAGUUUUGUUGUAUUCUGGUUUUAAAAAUAUAAUAAAGAAUAUUGUCACUGCUUAAAA